AUUUUACUGGGCAAUAAACUGAAAACACAAAGGAACUAGCUCUGUGUUAACACCAAAAAUAUAUGGAGAAACUCAAACUACAAAUAUAUUUGAGCCAAACAAUAUGUUUACACAAAAAAAUAUACAAAACUUUGUUACUUGUUUUCUUGUUUUUAUUAACAUUUUAUUCAAAAACAUCAUAUUCAACCCUUUCCUUUAAUUUUUAUGGACUAUCUUGCCCUACGGCUGAAUUAAUGGUGAAAAAUACAGUUAGAUCAGCUUCUUCUAUGGAUCCAACUCUACCUGGAAAACUUCUUCGUCUUGUUUUCCAUGAUUGCUUUGUUGAGGGUUGUGAUGCAUCUAUACUUUUAGAAGGAAAUGGAACAGAGAGAAGUGAUCCAGCAAACAAAUCACUUGGAGGAUUUUCAGUAAUAGAGAAUGCCAAAAGGGUUUUGGAAUUUUUUUGCCCUUCUACUGUUUCUUGUGCUGAUAUUGUUGCAUUGGCUGCUAGAGAUGCUGUUGAAUUUGCAGGAGGGCCAAAUGUUCAAAUUCCAACAGGAAGAAGAGAUGGAAGGGUUAGUUUGGCAACAAAUGUGAGACCAAAUAUAGUGGAUACAAGUUUCUCAAUGGAUCAAAUGAUUAAUAUAUUUUCAAUUAAGGGACUCUCUUCAGAUGAUCUUGUUAUCCUAUCAGGAGCACACACAAUAGGAUCAGCACAUUGCAAUGCAUUUAGUGAUCGUUUUAGAGUGGACACAAAUGGCAAUUUCACUCUAAUUGAUCCCUCAUUAGACAGAGCAUAUGCAGCAGAAUUAACAAAACAAUGUCCAGCAGGGGCAGCAACUUCCUCUAUUACUGUCAAAAAUGAUCCUCAAACACCUCAACUCUUUGAUAAUCAAUAUUACAAAGAUUUAUUAGCACAUAAAGGGCUAUUUCAAUCUGAUUCUGUUUUAUUUAACGACGUACGAACAAAGGAAAGAGUCCAUGAAUUCGCGGACGAUCAAAAUGGAUUUUUCAAGAGUUGGAGUCAAUCUUUUGUGAGGCUUUCUGUGCUUGGAGUGAAGUCUGGGGAGGAUGGAGAGGUUAGAGCUUCUUGUUCGAUUAUUAAUUAAUACGUAUGACCUAUGCAGGAUUUUAUGUAAGUUGUGUGAAAUUAUAGUGUGUUAAUUAGUAGUGUCUAUUGUAAUAAUUUGGGCUUGUAAGUAGGUUUGAGUUUGGGAUUAAAUUGGUUUGUUUUCAAAUUGAUGCGUACUUUGUAUUAUUUUUUUAAGAAUUGUCAACUUAUUUUAUGUAUGCAU